AAAAAACAAACAAACUUUCUUUGUACUCUCAACGUGGAGACAGAGUGAGCAGCCCACCCCAUCAAGAAAAACAGUGAGAAAAAAAAAAUUAUGGAGGGAGUAGAUGCUUAUAGUUUUCAUGAAGAAUUGAAUCAAGAAUCCAUGAAUAACUCAAAAUCCAAAAUCCUUGAUACCAUUUCUUUAUGGUUGGAUCUAGAUGAUCCCAGCAUUAUUCCUCAAGAGCUUCAACAACUUCAAGAUCUUCAAAUGCUUGAUGAAAACUUUUUCGAGUUUGCAAAUACCACCACCACUGGUACAAACAUGGAAUAUGAGCAUCCAUAUCCAGAAUGUAAUAUUCUUCCUGCCUUACCUAGACCCGAUUCACCGUUCUUACUUGAUCUUCAUGAAUUUGAUAAUAACAUUAUUUCUCAACCUGAAGAUCACUAUUAUCACCCUGUUCUUCCCGGUCACGAGGAAGUUAUUCUUGAUCAACCAGUUAAUAACGAAGCAGAAUGUGAGCAAUAUCUUAAUGUAAUGACUGAGAGCAGUCCUGACAGUAUUGGAGUUGAUCAAUAUUUCCAAACUGAGAACGAUAAUGUGAUCACCAUGGCGUCAAUUUCGCCAUCGUCCUCAGUUUCUGAUGUUCCCCAACAACCGCGGCUGAAGAUGCAAAAGACCCAGAAUAUCGAAAAGCCACCUAAAGUAUCAACUAAGCGACAUCAAAGUACCACUACCGUUACUGCUGCUACUGUAGCAGAUGACGACGACGAGGAAGAAGAAGAAAUUGAUGAUGAACCCAAAAAAGGAACACUAAAUUGUAAAAAUUUAGUUUCAGAAAGGAAUAGAAGGAAAAGGCUUAGUCAACAAUUGCUUGCUUUACGUGCCCUUGUUCCAAAUAUCACAAAGAUGGAUAAACGAUCGGUAUUAGUGGAUGCACUAUCUUAUUUAAGGAAUAUGCAAGAAGAAACAGCAAAGCUACAAAAGGAGCUUAAAGAACAACAAUUACUCCAACAACGUCAACCUAGAUUAAUGAACAAUGACAUUAUAAUGGAAGAGGAAGAGGAAGAGGAUGAGGAUGAUCUUGAUGAUGAUAUUCGUCCAAGAAUUAAAACUCAUGCCGGCUCUGCGUCUAAAACCAAACCGCAGAUAAUCGAGAUCGACAUAGAGAAAAUGGAAGAGAAAAGGUUCAUAGUCAAGAUAACAUGUCAAGGUGCGAAUGGCAUAGCAGGCGACACUUUCCGCGUUAUGGAAACUACAGGGUUUGAGAUUACUUAUGCUGCUGUAGACCAAAUCAAACCCCAACAUGUCUUAAGUACGGUCUUCAUCAGGGUGAAAAAGCAGGACAAGAUGACUGAAGAAAAGCUAAAAGAUUGCAUUAUCAGCUCUGCCCUGAGAUGUGGACUGAGUGUCCUACCUGCUUGUUAAUGGAAAAUGGGAAAAGUUUCUGGUGUACUAAAAAGACGUUAUCUUGUUGCCAGUCUUGUCCAUUGUAUGAUUAUGAUGCCACUAUGUAUAGAUGUGUGCGUGGGAGUAUAUUAUGCAGAGAAUCAAACAAAAGAGGCCUGGUCAUGAUGCAUCAGAAUGAAGAGAGAUUAGGUUUCUCGUUGUUCGUUAUCUUGAAGCUGCUGCUUGUUUGUUAUCGAGUUGUCAGAGUAAAGAAUAAUUACUAAUAAUGCUGAUUAUGCUGAAGAUCGCAUGUUCGUUUGUUUGUUUUUGGCACUUUUUGGUUUGUUUGUAGAACUUAUCUCUAAAUCUUGUAAUACAGCUUUUAUUAUCAUCUCUUAGUAUGUGAAUAUCCGGUUUGGUUUGUUUGGAGUUA